AUGUUGUGCGUCUACCCCGCAGACUUGCUCAGGAGUCAAAACGUCACUUGGCCAAUCACACCUUGCUCGGUUUUAUACCCCGCCCUCGAAUACGGAUUCCUGGGAAGGGGUUCGUUCGACGACGCUUCCAACGGCGCCGACUUGCCCACACCGACGAUCGACCACGACAGCCUCUAUACA